AUGUCCUUGGUCACAUUGGCACACACUUGUGCGCAUCUACAAAAUUGCACUCGUGUAAGGUUGUCGUUGACUUCAAUCCCAUACACUAAAUUACAAUUACAGUUCGCAUACAACUUAUACAAGCAAGGGUUCUUGUCGUCUCUGCAAAAGGGGUCGACAAAGGGUCCGGAUAAGGAAUAUGUUGAAGUUACACCGGACAAUAUUGCCACGAGACGGCUCUGGAUUGGACUGAAGUAUAGGGAUAAUAGGCCUGUUCUGAGCAAAUGUCAACUGAUAUCCAAGCCGAGUGUGAGGAUACACUUGAAUAGUGAGGAGAUGAAAAAACUGUACUUGGGGACGACGAUAAGGAACGUUAAACCUUUGCAACCUGGAGAACUAAUUCUGGUGAGAAACGCUGGAGACGUGAUGGAGAUUGGGGAAGCCGUGCAGAAAAAACUUCCAGGUGAAGUAUUAUGUAGAAUAAAUUAA